AUGGCACAAAUCUCACAGCAGCCAAUAUUAGAACCAUCACUAAUAAAAGAUUUAUCAAAUCAUAUUUAUGAAAAACGUAAAGCUACUGCUUUUCAAAUAGAAUCAAUCACUAAAACAGCACUCUCAAGAAAUGAUAGUCAAACAAUAUACCGUAUAAUUAAUGAGUUAUCACAAAUAACAAUAAGUAGCAGCUCAAAUAGUGCCAAAAUGGGAGCUGUUACUGCAUUAGGAAGCGUGUCUGUUGCCCUUGGAUCAUUUGCAAUUGCAUAUUUUUUAGAAGAUAUACUUCGACCUAUCUUUGCAACAUUUAAAGAUAGUGAUGCAAGAGUACGUUAUUACGCUACUGAAGCACUUUAUAACGUUGCAAAAAUUUCGAGAGGAGAGAUAUUACCAUUUUUUCCUCAAAUAUUUGAUAUUAUAGCCAUAUUAGUUAGUGAUACCGAAAGUAGUGUUAAAAAUGCUGCUGAUAUUUUAGAUAGAUUGAUCAAAGAUAUAAUAAGUGCCAAAGCAACUAAUUAUGUUAGCAUUCUACAGCAAGAGCAGCAACAAGAGAAUAAUGAAAUUCAAAGUAGUCUUAUGGACGCACAAGGAAAUGCUAUUCAAAUUAAUUUACCUCAAGAUCCUACUAAAGCUUUUCAAUUACCAAAAUUCAUUCCAACUUUAUUGGAGAGGAUGUAUACGAUCGAUCCAUUUACGAAGAAAUUUUUAUUGAGUUGGCUUGAGUUAUUUGACGAUAUCCCCAAUUUGGAAUUGAUAAGCUUCUUACCUAGUUUAUUGAAGCCAUUAAUUAAUUUUAUACUAAAUGGAGCACCGAAUGAUAUCAAAUUGGAAACUCAGAAUUUAUUGAAUUGUUUUUUGAAAGAAAUCAAAGGAAUUUCAAAGGUAAAAAUAGAAAUUAAAAGAAAGAGAAGGGAGCAAGAAAAGGAAAAAGCAGAAAUUGCAAAGAUAAAGCAAACAAGAGAUGAUGAAGCAGGUAAAACUGAAAAAGAUUCUAGACCUAAAUUAGAAAAUGAAAAUAAAACUGAUGACAAAAUUGCAAAAUUUGAGAACAUGGAGGGCCAAAGUGAGCAUGGGAAUGAAAAGAAUGGCAAUGCUAAAUCCAAUUCCCACUCAGUAGAUGUAGUCAAUACCAAAGAUACUGGAGACAAGGUUAGUAUAAAAUCGAAUGACACAACAAUUAUAAGAAAGAUACAAGAUCCUCAACCAGAGCAACAUAUUGACGGCGAAGAAAUAGCUGAUGAGUCAGAAGAAGUAUCUUUUGGGCAAGAUAUUUUUAUUGAUUAUCUGAAAAUAAUUAAGAUCUUGUUAUCGUUUCUAUUCACUUUCGAAGGACAAGAGCUUGGUGCUAAAACCGAUUUGUUAACUGACUCCCACGAGACUAUAUGUGAUGUUCAAUUUAUUGUUUUAAAAUGGUUACAAGAAUUGAUUGGAAUUGCACCCCAGGAAAUUUUGAACUCAAUACCAGAGUGUGUUUCAAUUAUUAUAAAAAAUAUAGCAAUUACAGAUCAGCAACAAGAUUAUGAAUUAAGAGAUCAAUUGACCAACUUCAGCUACAGUCUACAAUCGUUUUUGAGUGAGGUUUAUAAAAAUGUUUCAUUCUUUGAAUUGCAUGGAUUAACAUCAGAAAGCGUAACUCAUUUCAAUGAAAUCCAGCUACCAAGCACAUUGUUGAACAUAAUAAAUGAAUAUUUAAAUCCCUCCCUCGACAAUGAAUUGUCUAAAGUUACAUCCUUAGAAUGGUUAAUCUUCAUUUAUGAAAAAAAUCCUACAAAUUUUUUAGAAUUCUCUAAAUCUCAAGAGAAUCAUUUUGAAUUGACUGAUUUGUUGAAAUAUGACACUAGUAAUGAGGUGAUUUUGAAAGUUUUGAAAUUGCUAGGUAAAAUAUCAGAAUCAAAUCAAGAAUUUUUCAAAGAUUUUAUUCUCAAGUUAAUCAAAUUAUUCAAAGUUGAAGGUCACGACAAAUCAAUGAAGGUGGAAUUUAUUGUGAGGAAAUUGUGUCUCACAUUGAAUUCUGAAAUCAUAUUUACAACUUUAUCCGAUGUACUACAACAACAAUAUCAAAAAAUUACACAACAACAGAAACAAGAGUUGUUAGAUGAAGAGACCGUCGUAAACGAUCUAGAAUUUUCAAAUAUGAUGAUUUUAACAUUAAAUAAUAUAUUACUAACAUCAAAUGAAUUAUUACCUUUUCGAAAAAGAUUAAAAAACUUGGAUAUUAUGUCUCUGGAUGACUGGUCACUUUUUGCAACAUUAUUUCAAAGUUGGUGUUUCAAUGCUCCUAGCGCAAUAGCCUUGUGUUUAUUAACUUCAAAUUACGAAUUAUCCUAUUUAAUUAUUAAGAAUUUAUCCGAAUUGGAGGUGACUUCACAAUUAUUGACUCAAUUGGACGUAUUAAUACAACUAUUAGAGCUGCCUAUAUUUGUUAAAUUAAGAUUACAACUACUUGAACCAGAGAACUAUCCAUUCCUUUACAAAACGUUAUAUGGUAUAUUAAUGAUCUUGCCACAAUCAAGUACAUUUAUGUCUUUAAGGAAUAGAUUAACAACGAUAGGUUUUUAUCAAGUUCCAGGUCCUUCGACGUCGUCCCUAAUUCCAUCAAUGGCCAACUUUAAUUUGAAUACUUCUACCGGUACCCCCACACAUCAAAAUUCAGUCAGUGGUGGAGCUACUACAAUCAAGGGAAGCGUUACCAAUCAGUUAUCUUUGAGAAGGAAAAGGACAUAUGAAAUGUUGGAAAAAUUCGUAAAUGUUCUGAAUUAUUACGAACAAAGUCAACGAAGACCAAGGUAA